AGAACCCCUUAGGGCCUCAGCUGAAGCUCAGACAGAGUGCGCGUGCGCACGUACACACACACACACACACACACACACACACACAUCUAAUUUUCAACACACUUGCACAAAUAUAGAAACAUCAUGGGGAAAAAUGCAAAAUACCUAUGAUUUCUGAGACAAGAUCCGAGAUGUCAAAGAUAUUCCCUGCUUAUUCUGCUCAUGCCCGGGCUCCCCUGCCCACCCCCAGUGCAUUUAUGUGAUAUCAUGAAAAAGCAGCAGGGGUGGCAUGAACUUGCACACCAGGCUGCCCAGGCUUGAGACCCAGCUCUGCCACCCAGAAGCCGGGAGCCCCUGAACAAGCAGCAAUUCUGCGCCUGGGCUUUCCUGACUGCAAAAUGAGGAUAAUCACAGCCCCUGCCUCCAAAGUGUCCCGAGGAUCAAAUGAGUUCAUGAUACUCGUACGGCGCUCGGAUCGUGCCUCCCCAUCUUCUCCUGCCCACUCCCUAUCAAAGAAAAGUCCCAUAAGGUAUCCAUCAACCACCAUGGUUAACGCACCCAGUCUGGUGAGCUGUGCCUUCUUUCUGGCAGUGAAUGGUCUGUAUUCCUCUAGUGACGAUGUGAUCGAAUUAACUCCAUCAAAUUUCAACCGAGAAGUUAUUCAGAGUGAUAGUUUGUGGCUUGUAGAAUUCUAUGCUCCAUGGUGUGGUCACUGUCAAAGAUUAACACCAGAAUGGAAGAAAGCAGCAACUGCAUUAAAAGAUGUUGUCAAAGUUGGUGCAGUUGAUGCAGAUAAGCAUCAGUCCCUAGGAGGUCAGUAUGGUGUUCAGGGAUUUCCUACCAUUAAGAUUUUUGGAUCCAACAAAAACAGACCAGAAGAUUACCAAGGUGGCAGAACUGGUGAAGCCAUCGUAGAUGCUGCGCUCAGUGCUCUGCGCCAGCUUGUGAAGGAUCGCCUCGGGGGACGGAGUGGAGGAUACAGUUCUGGAAAACAAGGCAGAAGUGAUAGUUCAAGUAAGAAGGAUGUGAUUGAGCUGACAGAUGACAGCUUUGAUGAGAAUGUUCUGGACAGUGAAGAUGUUUGGAUGGUUGAGUUCUAUGCUCCUUGGUGUGGACACUGCAAAAACCUAGAGCCAGAGUGGGCUGCCGCAGCUUCAGAAGUAAAAGAGCAGACGAAAGGAAAAGUGAAACUGGCAGCUGUGGAUGCUACCGUCAAUCAGGUUCUAGCCUCCCGCUACGGGAUUAGAGGAUUUCCUACAAUCAAGAUAUUUCAGAAAGGCGAGUCUCCUGUGGAUUACGACGGUGGGCGGACAAGAUCCGACAUAGUGUCCCGGGCCCUUGAUUUGUUUUCUGAUAACGCCCCACCUCCUGAGCUGCUUGAGAUUAUCAACGAGGACAUUGCCAAGAGGACGUGUGAGGAGCACCAGCUCUGUGUUGUGGCUGUGCUACCCCAUAUCCUUGAUACUGGAGCUGCAGGCCGAAAUUCUUAUCUGGAAGUUCUUCUGAAGAUGGCAGACAAAUACAAAAAGAAAAUGUGGGGGUGGCUGUGGACAGAAGCCGGAGCCCAGUCUGAACUUGAGACCGCAUUGGGGAUUGGCGGGUUUGGGUACCCCGCCAUGGCCGCCAUCAAUGCACGCAAGAUGAAAUUUGCUCUGCUGAAAGGCUCCUUCAGUGAGCAAGGCAUUAACGAAUUUCUCAGGGAGCUCUCUUUUGGGCGUGGCUCCACGGCACCUGUAGGAGGCGGGGCUUUCCCUACCAUCGUUGAGAGAGAGCCUUGGGACGGCAGGGAUGGCGAGCUUCCCGUGGAGGAUGACAUUGACCUCAGUGAUGUGGAACUUGAUGACUUGGGGAAAGAUGAGUUGUGAGAGCCACAACAGAGGCUUCAGACCAUUUUCUUUUCUUGGGAGCCAGCGGAUUUUUCCAGCAGUGAAGGGACAUUGUCUACAAUCAGAUGACUCUCCCAGUGGCCUUUUAACCAAGAAGUAGUACUUGAUUGGUCAUUUGACAACACUGCAACAGUGAACUUUUGCAUCUCAAGAAAACAUUGAAAAAUUCUAUGAAUUGUUGUAGCCGGUGAAUUGUAUCGUAUUCUGUCACAUUAAUAUUUUGAAGAACACUCGGCUGUCGAAACGUUUUUCCCUCUCUGACUGCUGCUUGGAUGUUCUUGGAGGCUGUUUCUUAUGUAUGGGUUUUUUAAUGUGAUUCCUUCAUUUGAAUAUUAAUGGCUUUUUCCAUUAAAGAAUAAAGUAUUUUGGAUAAUGCCGAUAAAUGUAUGAAAUUAGUAUCUACAUCAUAAAUUCAGAGUGAUGUUUAGCAGUAAAUUAAUAUUUUGAAGUGAUACGCAGAUAUCUUUCCUCCCCCAUAAACUUUUUUAAACAAAAAACAAGAUCUCUUUGCUUCGGAUGGCGCCAUCAUUGCCCCCCACAACAGAGAUUUUACAUGGAAACCGGGCGCAGUGAGCACUGAUUUCCCGCCCAGUAUUUGUCUUUGGGCUGUCUCUAGUGACUAGUUAUUAAGGAAUCUAGCUGGUUAUACAGUGCAAGGCUUUCUAUGUUGUUACGAACCUCAGAAUAGCCAUUAAGACAUGAAAUACAGCAGCAGGUUACCAAUGCGAACAUGUAGUUCGCAUUUAUGUAAAACAUUCAGAAAAAUGAAGUUUUGAAUUUGUUAGAACCUUCAAAGGACUUGAGAGCAUUUUAUUGUAACUUAAAAAAAAUAAAUACAACUGUCACUAA